GUAGCUGAGGACAAGAAGGGCAUUUCUUUCAUUGUGUUCAGAUGGUUGAAUCUGUGUUUAUGGGUAGUUUGUGCUUUACUGUUAUGUCUUGACUCUGAAGAGUUGGGUAAAUGUGUGCAUUUACAGUUGGUUACAGAAGAAACUGUGACACUCUAGCAUGUUUUUUUUAGAUAUUUUAUAACAAAAGUUGCCUUUCUUUCGGUGAUAAUCAAACAAAACAGUAUUUUGCAGUCCCUGAGUCAUGUUUAUGAUAAGCUGUACAGCUGGUCAAGAAGUGGAUUUGUCAGAUUAUCUGAAUCAUCAUGAGCUUGUAACCAGAGGAGUCCUUCUUUAAUGAACAUCAAAACACUUUUGGACCACAAUUUAUUUUCCUGAGGAGAAUUAAGAGUAUUAGACACCGUUAUGUUGGGUGCAGAUGCCCACCUUGUGCUACACCAUGGUGACUGGUGAAAGCAUGUCACAUGACACAUGGUGCCAGACUUCAGUGUUGCACUUUUAAGGGGCCUGCCAACUGCAGAGGGGGGCAAAGAGCCAUCCUUCUUCUCUGGAUUCACAUUCAUGCAAAACCAGCAGGUCAACAUUGUCCUCUACGCUGUCUCCUAUGCCUCUUACGCCUCCUGCUGAGCCGGACCAGGAACCAAAGAUGAACUGGGCGUCAUUUUAUGCUGUCAUCAGCGGUGUGAACAGACACUCCACAGGCAUUGGUCGCAUCUGGCUCUCUGUCCUGUUCAUUUUCCGCAUCCUGGUUCUGGUAGUUGCAGCGGAGAGCGUGUGGGGCGACGAGAAGUCCGGAUUCACCUGCAACACCCAGCAGCCGGGCUGCAACAGCGUCUGCUACGACCACUUCUUCCCCAUCUCCCACAUCCGCCUCUGGGCGCUUCAGCUCAUCCUGGUCUCCACCCCUGCCCUGCUGGUCGCCAUGCAUGUGGCCCACCGCCGCCACGUCGACAAGAGGCUCUACAAACUAUCAGGGCGGAGCAACCCCAAAGACCUGGAGCAGAUAAAGACCCAGAAGAUGAAAAUCUCUGGGGCUCUGUGGUGGACGUACGUCAUCAGCCUGAUGUUCCGCAUUAUCUUUGAGGUCACCUUUAUGUAUCUGUUUUAUAUGAUCUACCCUGGUUACAAGAUGAUCCGGCUGGUGAAGUGCGACUCGUACCCCUGUCCCAACACGGUGGACUGCUUCGUGUCGAGGCCCACAGAGAAGACUGUCUUCACCGUGUUCAUGCUGACUGCAUCAGGGGUUUGUAUUCUGCUCAACAUUGCAGAGGUGGUCUUCUUGGUGGGGAAGGCCUGCAGUAAGCACACUGCUGGAGACUCGACUGUGGGGGCUUGGAUCCAACAAAAGCUCUGCUCGUACUAAUAAAACACACAGAUUUCAUACUUGCACAAAGGGACAUAUAUAUGUGACAUUGGAUCCAAGCGACAGCCAUUGAUUUAACUUGUGAGUAAAGUGCAUAUAAUAUACUGUAUGUUGCAGUUUGACAUAGGAUGAUUUAUUAUUUAUCCAGUGGUUUAUAAUCUCAGUGACAAAGCAUUCAAUGCCAAAGUCACCAGACUUAAGCUAAUACCCCACAGGAACUACCGUUUACAUAUUCUGCUAUGAACCUAAAGACUGUAUACAGCAGCACUUUGUACUGACAUGAUGUAAUAUCUUGAUGUUAGGCCAAUAGACAUCAAUUAAGUAACAUGUUGUGACGAAAUAUGCCAACUGAUCACAUUAUAGGCUUUCAUUGUCAUGUACGUUGAUAUCCACAGUGGUGGACAUUUGUUUGAACUUGAAAUGAAAAUAUUAAACUAUGAAAUGUGACAAAUGUUAUUUAAAAUAAUAAGAGAAGUGUGCCGGAAAAUACAAUGUAGUAGUAUUUUGGGCGUUGUUAUUUAUAAUAUUCUAUUAUUUACAUUAAAUAUGAUCACAAACAUCACGUGUUUGCCUAAUCACCAUGGACUGAGUCUAAUGGACUGGAAGAUUUAUCUUUUUCUUUUCUUGAGUUAUGAGAGAGAUGUUGUACUAAUACAUGGAAAACAUGUAAAAUCAUUGAGUGUUUGUUGAAUACUGAUGUUUUUUGAUUUACUAUUAAUUGCUUAACAUGUUAUAUAAUCCUUGUGCUUAUGGGACAUUUUUGGCUUUUUAAUAAUUUUUGCAAAGGCGUGAGUUGUUUUUUUUCUUGAAUUUUGGAAGAUCGACCUCAUAAACCGACAAAAAGGUAAAAGGUCACCAUUCAAACCACGAUUAUUGAUCCCACGGCCAUUACAGCAUAACAUUGUGUAUUCUAUUAUAGCAGAUCUAGAGCCCUGGUUUUUAAAUUGUACUUUUUUUCUGAUGUACUUGCCCUGCAAAAACAUAAUGCAGUGCAUCAAAAUCAAUGUUGUAUUUGACAUUAUGUGAAAAAAAUCACACUGGCAUUUAUAAUACAGAGAAUAAUCAUUAAAACACAACAGUGGCGUAAUGUAAAAAAAACAACAACAACUGGCAUUUAACUAGUGGAAGUUUUUUUAGAGUUUAAAAUGCAGUAUUUUCUUAAGAAAACAAUACAUAGACUAAUACAAAACGAAUCCCUCUCAAUCAUUAUGACCAACAUGUUGCAGAGAGGGUCUCUGCCUGCAUUUUCUUAGUUUGCUGUGUGCUCUUACAUUGCAGUGUGUUUUUAUGUGCUUCAGUCGAGGGGGGGAGACGAAGAGCAGGGAAAACUGCUCUUCGUCUCCCCCCCCCCCUCCCUGCUUCCUGCACGGUUGUGCGGAGGUGUGGGUGUGUUUAUUUGUGCUUUAGAAACGUAACCACCAUGAAACAAUCUGGAAAAUACGAUUUUAUUUCUCUGCUUUGGUCUCGCUAACGCUGCUCCCUCUCUUCAUUCACUCUCUUGCUCGACCACUGCUUUGCUUCCAUUUAGUAUUCAGAAAAUAAUUCAAAUAUUGUGUUAUUUUCAUAACAACAGAGGCAUCGUGUAAAGAACCUGCAAUUUUAAAGGGUUACAAUUCUGAAAAUGAAUGAAUAUUUGGUGGUGAUGAUCAGGGCUGAAGUUGGCUGAAAGACUUCAUUUUGUGAAAGUGGAAAUUAAUAUACAUGUAUAAUUUUCUGGCAGUUUAUUAAUGUGGACAUUUUUGCAAGCAACAUUUUUUUCUUUAAAGUGAGGCACAAGGGUUAAAUUGAUUCAUUUUGAAGCUGGAUGUUUAUGUCUUCAGUACACAGAAGAAUAAAAUCAACCACAGUUUGUGUAA